AGUCCUUCCCCACUUGGGACUCAGACCUAGAGCAGCACACACAGAAACACAACCACCCACUGUAUUCAGAUUAGACUGAGAGAAGACAAAGAACCUCUACAACACACAGAAAGGAAGACAAAAGGCUGUCCAGUAUCACUCAGACCCACAGACAAACCAACGCCAAUCGGAUCUAAGAUGGUGUCGGCUGGGCUACAGAUGCUGGGCACUGCCCUGGGGAUCAUAGGCUGGAUUGGGACCAUCAUUGUUUGUGCCAUGCCCAUGUGGAGGGUCACCGCCUUCAUCGGCAGUAACAUAGUCACCUCGCAGACCUCCUGGGAGGGUAUCUGGAUGAGCUGCGUGGUCCAGAGCACGGGCCAGAUGCAGUGUAAGGUCUACGACUCCAUGCUGGCCUUGAGCUCUGACCUACAGGCCGCCAGAGCUCUGACCAUCAUUGCCAUCCUCGCCGGCAUUAUUGCCAUUCUGCUAGCCGUAGCCGGGGGCAAGUGCACCAACUGUGUGGAUAACGAGGCGGCCAAGGCUAAAGUGGGUGUGGCAUCCGGGGUGGUGUUCAUCAUUGCCGGAGUUCUGUGCCUGAUCCCUGUCUGCUGGACGGCCCACAGCAUCAUCCAGGACUUCUACAACCCGCUCCUGGUAAGCGCUCAGAAGAGGGAAUCGAAAGCUAUGGCCUCUGCCGGUCUCCAGAUUCUGGGCAUCGUCCUGGCUCUUAUCGGUUUGCUAGGGGACAUUGUCAUCUGUGUGCUCCCCAUGUGGAAGGUGACUGCUUUCAUAGGCAACAACAUUGUGACGGCGCAGAUGUUCUGGGAAGGCCUGUGGAUGAACUGCGUGACACAGAGCACGGGCCAGAUUCAGUGUAAAGUCUACGAUUCCAUGCUAGCUCUCCCUCAGGACCUCCAGGCCGCCAGAUUUCUGGUGAUCAUCUCCAUCCUCGUGGCCGUGAUCGGCAUCCUGCUCUCCAUGGCAGGCGGGAAGUGCACCAACUGCAUCGAGGACGAGGCCAAGUCCAAGGUGGCCAUCGCAUCCGGUGUGUUUUUUCUGGUCUCCGGUGUCCUCUGCCUAAUCCCAGUGUCUUGGUCCGCCAACACCGUUAUCAGGGACUUUUACAACCCACUGCUCACGGACCCGCAGAGGAGAGAGCUGGGAGCUUCACUGUUCAUCGGGUGGGGCUCUGCUGGCCUGAUGCUCAUCGGCGGUGCACUUUUCUGCUGCCAGUGUCCCCAGCGUGAGAAGAGUGGGUACUCUGCCAAAUAUUCUGCCCCUCGCUUCACUGCCAGUGGAAGGGCCCAUGUCUGACAGAAACACUUACAUUGAACAAUUUUUAUAUGGACAUUUCACGCUUGUGUAGUCUGAACGAGGGUAAAUCUGUUUCUCUUCAACACUUGACAAGGACGAUUUGAAUAUUUUAGCUUAACAGCUUCAUUGCUUUAAUAAAUUAUAUUUUAAUGCUUAUCAUUCGUUCUUGAAUUGUAACAUUUGAAGAGUUUUUAAAAAAUAGGCUAGGUCUCAUGGUAUACUUAACUUGAGUGUCAUUCACAAUCUGCUCAUGGUCUACUCCAAUAGGCCUAUUAGGCUAAAGUAUACUAAUCCCCUAAAGCAGACAAAUGUAAGUAGACAACUCAUUUGAAUGGUUGUGCAGCCUUGACAGAACCACAACGGCGACAACUUUUCGGCAUAACUUCUGUAGCUUUACUCGAUGAGCACUGCUUAAAAGUACUCAUACAGACAAAAUAUACUUGUGCACAUUAGUUUAAGUAAAACUUAAUAGUUUGCAGUCUAACAAAAAGCUGUAACAUUUUCUACUUUUUGACAAUUUGUCAGAUUGCACUAAAUUCAUUGUGAUAACAAUGUACAUCUGUCUGCUAUAAAAUUGUAUAGCUGUUCUCUAAAUCAAACGAACACGAUGUGACUGUCUUGAUUACAAAGGGUGAACUGUUGCAAUUUACCCAAACUCCUGGGUCAGUAACAGCUUUGGGUGACAUGUAAGUUUGAAUUGAGAACUUGUUUAACUUUGAGGCAGAAUUUAAA